GCCCUAACCAAAGAGGGCUUGGCCCCACCUGCUGACUCGCCUCGCUCGCUUGCCCCUCCAUAUAAGGAUUUCCCCUCCUCCCCCCUCCCACAGACUUUUCUUUCUUCCUCUCGUCUGCUACAUACCUCUACGCGUUCUGCCGUAGUCUCUGAGCAAUUUUUCCACAGAUUUUUUCUAGUCUCUUACAAAGAACUACAAAAAGUUCCAACCGUCAUCAUGGGUAAGGAAGAGCGUAACCACAUCAACAUCGUCGUUAUCGGCCAUGUCGAUUCCGGCAAGUCCACCACCACUGGUCACAUGAUCUACAAGUGUGGUGGUAUUGACCAGCGUACCAUCGAGAAGUUCGAGAAGGAGGCUGCUGAGCUCGGAAAGGGUUCUUUCAAGUACGCCUGGGUUCUUGACAAACUCAAGGCUGAGCGUGAGCGUGGUAUCACCAUCGAUAUUGCCCUCUGGAAGUUCCAGACCGCUAAGUACGAGGUCACCGUCAUCGAUGCCCCCGGUCACCGUGAUUUCAUCAAGAACAUGAUCACUGGUACCUCCCAGGCCGAUUGCGCUAUUCUCAUCAUCGCCUCCGGCACUGGUGAGUUCGAGGCUGGUAUCUCCAAGGAUGGCCAGACCCGUGAGCACGCUCUGCUUGCCUUCACCCUCGGUGUUAAGCAGCUCAUCGUUGCCCUCAACAAGAUGGACACCUGCAAGUGGUCCGAGGAUCGUUACAACGAGAUUGUCAAGGAGACCUCCAACUUCAUCAAGAAGGUCGGCUACAACCCCAAGUCCGUUCCCUUCGUCCCCAUCUCCGGAUUCAACGGCGACAACAUGCUCGAGGUUUCCACCAACUGCCCCUGGUACAAGGGUUGGGAGAAGGAGACCAAGGCUGGCAAGUCCACCGGAAAGACCCUUCUCGAGGCCAUUGACGCCAUUGAGAACCCCGUCCGUCCCUCCAACAAGCCCCUCCGUCUUCCCCUCCAGGAUGUGUACAAGAUCUCCGGUAUUGGCACAGUUCCCGUCGGUCGUGUCGAGACUGGUAUCAUUACCCCCGGCAUGAUCGUCACCUUCGCCCCCGCCAACGUCACCACUGAAGUUAAGUCCGUUGAGAUGCACCACCAGCAGCUCAAGGCCGGUAACCCCGGUGACAACGUCGGCUUCAACGUCAAGAACGUUUCCGUCAAGGAGGUUCGCCGCGGUAACGUCGCUUCCGACUCCAAGAACGACCCCGCUGCCGGCUGUGACUCCUUCAACGCUCAGGUCAUUGUCCUGAACCACCCCGGUCAGGUCGGUGCUGGUUACGCCCCAGUUCUCGAUUGCCACACUGCCCACAUUGCCUGCAAGUUCGCCGAGCUCCUCGAGAAGAUCGAUCGCCGUACCGGUAAGGCCACUGAGACCUCCCCCAAGUUCAUCAAGUCCGGUGAUGCCGCUAUCGUCAAGAUGGUUCCCUCCAAGCCCAUGUGUGUUGAGGCCUUCACCGACUACCCCCUCUCGGUCGUUUCGCCGUCCGUGAUAUGCGCCAGACCGUUGCCGUCGGUGUCAUCAAGUCCGUUGAGAAGAACGCUGGUGGCGCUGGUAAGGUCACUAAGGCCGCUGCCAAGGCCGGUAAGAAAUAAAUGAUUCUCGGAUGAUUCUCAUUAUGCCGUGAUGAUUUUUUCUUUUCAAAAACAAUUACUGGAUGGAAGGUAGAUUUGCUGGUUAGUUGCUCAAAAUGACUACCCACAUUUUUAUG